CUCAGAAGGACCGGGCAAGGCUCGUCGCGCGCGGCGCAUUCGCGGCAGCUGCGGACCCGACGGCGUCCGUCCCCGGCCGUGUCCCGCGGGCCGCCGGGAUGCCAUAGGGCCUCUGAGCUGCUCGAGACUCAGCCUUGGUGGUAGCCAGAGGCUCCCAACAUACUUGUGCGUGCUUGCAGCUUCAGGAAACUGCUCCUCAGGCUGUGCCCAUCCUGUUUGGCAGCCCAGCCACCAUGGAGGCCCCAGAAGUCCCUGUGGGCUCUCUGAUUGACUUUGAGACCGAACCACCUACGUCCCCUCCCCUGGAGGCAGCACCUUCAAUACUCCAGGACCCAGAUGGCUCCCUGGGUGAUGGAGCAUCUGAAAGUGAGACCACUGAGUCUGCAGACAGUGAGAAUGACAUGGGCGAGUCACCCUCACACCCAUCCUGGGACCAAGACCGCCGCUCUUCCUCCAAUGAGUCCUUCUCCUCCAAUCAGAGUGCUGAUUCAGCCCCAGACGAGGAGACCCUGGCACUUCGAGAGUUCAUGCGCAGCUACGUAGAGAAGAUCUUCUCUGGAGGGGAGGACUUGGACCAGGAAGAGAAAGCCAAGUUUGGAGAGUACUGCAGUGGUGAAGACGGGAAAGGCCGUGAGUGGUUUGCACGGUUUGUGAGCGCACAGCGCUGCAAGUCCAAGUGUGUGUCUGAGCCAACCUUCUACCGCCUGGUGCAGUCCUUCGCAGUGGUGUUGUUUGAGUGCCACCAGAUGGAUGACUUUGGACCUGCCAAGAACCUCAUGACCAUGUGCUUCACCUACUACCACCUGGGCAAACCGCACCUGCUCCCUGCAGAGCCCAGGGAGAAGCCAGCUGGCAGCAUUGACUCCUACCUGAAGUCAGCUAACAGCUGGCUGGCAGAGAAGAAGGACAUUGCUGAGCGGCUGCUGAAGAACACGGAGAACAUGAAAGGCUUCUUUGGGGGGCUGGAGACCAAGCUGAAAGGACCACUGGCCAGGAAAAAUGAGGAAGAUGAAAACAAACCUAAGGACAGGCAGCUGAAGACUGUGACCGUGAUCAGCCCCGAAGAUGAACAGAAGGGGGAGAAGGUUUACCUGUACACACAUCUAAAGCAGCAGCCCAUCUGGCACACAUCGAGGUUCUGGAAUGCGGCCUUUUUUGAUGCUGUCCACUGUGAGAGGCGGAAGCGAUCUCCCACCACCAGGGAGAAAUGGUGCCACAUGACCCAGGAAGAGCGGGAUGACAGCCUGCGGUUCAAUGAGAACAUCACCUUCGGGCAGCUCGGCACGUUCACCCACAACAUGCUGGCCUUUGGCCUGAACAAGAAGCUGUGCAGCGACUUCCUGAAGAAGCAGGCUGUGAUUGGCAACCUGGAUGAGGAGCAAUACAAGCUGCUAAGUGACCACAUUGAACAAAUGGCCACAGAAUAGGAGGUCAGCACAUGCCGCUGUCCCAGGAGCUGUCACCCCAGUGAUGACCCUGCAUGACACCAGCAGCACCCAGAGCCGCUCCUGGCUGCCCUAGAACUAGCAGUUCAAAGACUCCGGAAGCCUGUCUCCCCUGCCUGUGUCUGCUCCCCACUCUAUGUACAAGGUGUCCCUUGGGUUACACAGCUAAAAAUGAGGGACCGUCUACCCCCCACCCAUCCUUGAGCACCAGGCUUAUGAGAUGAGACAGAGGAUGGAGGAGAACAUAAGCUAGGGUCCCCAGAGUUCCUGCUGAGAGCCAGGGACAUGUGAGCAUGGAGGUGCAGGAGGGGAUCCACACAGCUGUAAUUUGAGAACAAAACCACUACUAAGGGUCACAGCCUGCCACUCCCUGCCACAGGACUUUCUGUGAGCAUAAGCUGUGCGGAGGGGCCAUGGAGCCUUCCUGAAAGGUCAUGGCUACCUGUUCUUCUCCACCUCCUCAUGUGGCAGGAACUAGAAAUCACAGGAACUGGAAGAGAGCUCAAGGGUUGUCCUUUUCUAGGAGUGAGAACUCUGCCAGCCACAGCCUUGUCUCAGACUCGAGAGGCCUGCCAACAGAACCUGUGACCUGUCCACUCAACACAGUCUCUCCUUCGAUAGCAGACGAAAUCCUUCAGUUCCCAGCAGCAGCAAUAUAUGUCAUAGACUGCAAGAAGCGUGGGGAAAGCUUUCUUCAGGGUGACACCCUUGCUAAGAGUAACUGGUCAGAGCUGGAGUACACAGAAUGGAUCUGACUGAGUGAGGAGGCCACAGGGAAGCGACGUUGCCUGGGAGCUCCAGCCCAUGGCCCUCUCCUUCUGAAAGACCCACAGGGACUUGCCUCCUCUGCACCCACAUGCCAGACAAAGUCUGACCCACAGCAUCCAGUGUGCUGGCUCCCGAGCGGCUGUCCCUAUCCACCCCACCCGUGGCCUAGGUUCCUUCUGUGCCAGCCGCUGCCUUUCUGGUCACUGACCUUGAACUAGGCCUGCAGGCUCUCCUGUCACCCUUCAUCACCUCAUUCUCUGUUCCUCAGCCUUCAGUCACAUUUAGUCAAGGUCUGUCUACGAGCACAGCAGUCCUCUUCUGACAGCCGUGGACUCAGCUGCCAUGGGCAAGCCUUCCCUGUGGGGAAUGACCCCCUAGGAUGUCCAGAGAAGAGCAGGAUGGGUCAAGCUUCGGAAUGAGCAUGUCUUGCAUGUUGAGGGUGACCAAGGCAGCUCAUCCAUCGCUGAGCAAUUCAAACAAAUGCUGACAGCCAGGUCAGCCCCUGAUGACAUAGUAUGUGCUGCUGGGGUCAGCUAGGACACCCACCCCAGGGUUAGGACCCCAUAACUGUGCCUGUCUCUGCUCCUGUGUUUUAGGGAAGUGAGAUCGCCCCUGCUAUCCUCUCUAGAGCCCUUCCUCAGCAGUGCAAGCAUGGCAGCCUCUCCCUGCUCCUCCCAGUCCUGCGUUAGUGUGAGGUCAGGAGUAGUAUGACCUGACAGCAGCAGCAGCAGCUGCUGUGUUGUCUGACUUCUGCCUGGCCCCGUGCAGCCAUGCACAGCCUUAAGGGGAAGAGCACCAAUGGUUCCAGCACGUGGACUUAGAAAUACCUUGGAGACUGUUCCAUACCAACCUUUUGAGAUAAUCGUUUAAGGAGAAAGGAAGGAUGGCUCUGUUUUGUCUGUCUCUAGCUCUUUAUUGCAGAUCCAGCCCCACUGAGUUGGGAAAUUCUGACCCAUGUUAGACCCACAUGGCACUGCUAAGGACCUGGUAACCCUCUGAGGACAGGGUGGCUUCUAAUGGGAGCAAAGCUGCAGGAGACUGGAGGUGGUCCCACCAUCACCUGCAGGUGUCCUGUGUUGACAACUAGCUUUGGUGAUUGUUUCACAUCUGGGAGCCGCUG